GACACCCAGAGUUAUGUUGACGAAUAUCUUGGGAACGAAGUUAGGAAGAAAGUACAUAAAGAGUCCACCUGUAACUGAGGCCAGUUUGAGUGAUACAGACAACUUGAAAUCAGAGCAACUUUCUUCAUCAUCUGAUGUCAGCUUAGAAUCUUGUCAGAAUGUAAAUCUUCACAAGAGCUGUUUUUUAUCUGAAAGGGUUUCAAAACCAAGUAAGACAAGAGAUAACAUUUCUGUAAAGCAGUCUGCAUAUGUGAAAGAAAAGCAAAGAGGUGAUGAUGAUGGUGUUUCUCUUGUGAUGUCUGAUAUUCAGCCUAAAGAUUCUAACAGUGGAAAUAGAGGUUGUGAUUAUCUUAAAGAGGGGAGCAGAAACAAGAAUGCUUCAUAUUCUGAUUCAAAAAUGGAACCCACUCCAAUUUCCAGAAUGACAAAGAAAAGGGUUAGAAGUAAUUUACAUGGUUCUCAUAAAUCUAUGUCUUCUUUGGAUAAAUCAACAGAACAUGCAAAAGAAGAAGAAAAUGACUCAGCAGUGUCCAUUAACUUUGAACAGUCAAGUGAAAACUUUCAUCAGGACCCAACACCACCUGAAGGAAUUAUACCUGAGCCUCUAGAACGUGAUUUUACUAAACUGUCCUCACUUGAUACUCAGGAGUUGGGUCUUAGUGCUGCCUCCAGAAGUGCCUCUGUCUAUUCAACCACAAAAAUAUUAGAGUGCUCCAUUUCCAGUGAUACAGUGGAGAAUUCUUCUUCACUGGUUGAGAAGGGAGAGUUGAAUAUAACAGAAAAGGCUCAUCAAGGUGGAAGCAGUGAAGAGAACCAAUUGCUGAUCUCAGCUGAGCCAAUUGUUGUUUCCAGUGAUGAAGAAGGACCCAUUGAACAUAAGAAUUCAGGAAUUCUUAAGUUACAACCUAGUCAAGACUACAAGAUUGCUAAUGAAAACAAGGGCAUUUCAGAAUCACAGUUGUCAGAACUACCAUUGGCUACCUGCGAAUCUGUACAGGUAUCACCAGAGUUGUGUCCAUAUAAUCCUGUCAUGGAAAACAUUUCCUCUAUUAAACCUAAUAGUGAGAUGGAUCUGAGACUGGAUUUUAUGUUUACUUCUGUGUAUAUUGGUAAAAUAAAAGGAGCUUCUAAAGGUUGUGUCACAUUCACAACAAAGUAUAUUAAAAUCCCAUUUCAAGUGUCCCUGAAUGAAAUUUCGUUGUCAGUGGACACCAUACAUUUAAAGAGGUUUGGGUUAUGGAAAAGUAAGGAUGAGGAUCACAGUGAAAGGAACCAUGCUAUCCUUUUCCUCUGGGUCUCUGCAAAUUAUCUUCAAGAGAUUCAGACCCAAUUAGAAAAUCCUAUGUUAAGCCAACAAUCAAAAGCCAGUGAAUUCAUUUUCCUUGAGUUAAACAGUUCCAUUUCACAAAGAGAAGAAUUGAAAUUGAAAGAUAUUAUGAUGGAAAUAAGUACGACCAGUGGAGAAUUAGAACUCUCUUAUCCAUUGUCUUGGGUUCAGGCAUUUCCUUUGUUUCAGAAUCUCUCUUCAAAAGAAAGCUCUUUUAUUCAUUAUUACUGUGCUUCAACUUGUUCUUUCCCUGUUGCUGCUGAUACAGAAAUGAAGAUGAAAUCAGUAUCUCAGCCCUCAAAUUCAGAUACAAUCAAGCCUACUUAUACUUUCCUACAGAAACAAAGCAGUGGUUGCUACUCACUCUCUAUCACUUCAAAUCCAGAUGAAGAAUGGCGAGAAGUCAGGCACACGGGACCUGUUCAAAAGUUGAUUGUAUAUCCUCCACCGCCUACUAAGGGGGGCUUAGGAGUAACUAAUGAAGAUCUGGAAUGUUUAGAAGAAGGAGAAUUUCUUAAUGAUGUAAUCAUUGAUUUUUACCUUAAGUACCUUCUGUUGGAGAAGGCAUCAGAUGAACUUGUUGAACGAAGUCAUAUUUUUAGUAGCUUUUUCUAUAAAUGCUUGACAAGAAAGGAAAAUAAUUUAACAGAAGAUAAUCCAGAUCUCUCACUAGCCCAGAGGAGACAUAAAAGAGUAAGAACUUGGACUCGUCACAUAAACAUUUUUAAUAAAGAUUACAUCUUUGUACCUGUGAAUGAAUCGUCUCACUGGUAUCUUGCAGUCAUUUGUUUUCCAUGGUUAGAAGAAGCUGUGUAUGAAGAUUUUCCACAAACCAUAUCCCAACAGUUCCAUGAUCAGCAAGCUCAACAGAACAACAAAACAAUAGAUAAUGAUCUACAUAGCACUUCAACACUGUCCUUGAAUACAGAGGAUUCCCAAAGUACCGAGAUGAAUGUGUCAGUACCAAAGAAAAUGUGUAAAAGGCCGUGUAUUCUCAUACUAGACUCCUUGAAAGCUGCUUCUAUACAAAACACAGUUCAGAAUUUACGAGAGUAUUUAGAGGUAGAGUGGGAAGUGAAGCGAAAAACUCAUCGUGAAUUCAGCAAAACAAACAUGGUAGACCUAUGCCCUAAAGUCCCUAAACAGGACAAUAGCAGUGAUUGUGGAGUGUAUUUAUUGCAAUAUGUGGAAAGCUUCUUCAAGGAUCCCAUUGUCAAUUUUGAAUUUCCAAUUCAUUUGGAAAAAUGGUUUCCUCGUCAUGUAAUAAAGACCAAACGGGAAGAUAUUCGAGAGCUCAUCUUGAAACUUCAUUUACAGCAACAGAAGGGCAGCAGUAGCUAGUUAAUCUCUACAAACAUGACACAUGCUCUCCAGGAUUACUGGAAAGCCGCUUACCAGCAUUUGUGUUAGUUCACAGAGAGGAAAAUAACUUGCAGUAGUUUUAUAAGUCAUUGAGCACUAUUAAAAUAUGAUAUCUCAUUUGAAUUGUUGGGCUCUCAUGGAGUGGGAAUGGGAGUGACCUAAAUGCAUUAUAAGAUAGAAAUUUAAAUUUCAUAAAUAUUUGAUAUUUUUUGAGUAAAUAUGCUUGGAUUAUGCAAUAGCAUAUGUAAUGUGGGAAUGUUUUUUAAGUAAUAAAACUAUGUGAUCUAGACUUCCACAUGACUGGGUGUUGAUGGGAGUUAAGUUCUCCCUGGUGCCAACCCCAGUGCUUGUCAAAUUUGUUGACAAGUCACAUCAUAUUGUAAUUCUAUUCUUUGCAGCUUAAGCAUGCAGUAUGAAUACUGUGUAUUUUUUAAAAAGAGAACCUAGUAUCAAGGCUUCAGAAAAUGCCAUUCAUGGCAUCCCUUCUGUACAGUGUAAAAAAAAAUACAUAUACUGUUAGAUAAAACUUCAUCCUUUCAAAGUGCAGCUUAUUCUCAAUUGCUAAAUGCAAUUACUCUAUUUUCAUUUUUCCCUCCACUUCUUUCAGUGUCAUAUAUGGGGAUCUGAAAAAUUUGUUCAUUUGUUGAGGUAAAAUUUAGAGUAAAACUUAGCUGUCCCAGAUAAACUUUUGUAAAUUCUGUAGCUAAACUUAGUAUAUUUGAUGUACAGCUAUAUAAAUAUUCAUUCCUACAUUAUCUCAGAAUGUAUGUAUACAGUUUCUGUAAGUGAAAAGAUAAAAUUGAUGUCCUCAUAACUUUAUCAAAAAGAAUACCUUCAAACUUCUAUUUAUUAUUUAGAACCAAAUAUACAAUGUUAUAGUUUAUCCACUAUUCAUCUGGAAAACCAGAUUUCUUUAAUUUCUUUUUAUAUUUUAAAAUUAUAGUUUAAAAAGACGUAUGAUCCCCUAUGGAUCUUAAACCUUUGGCACUUAAUAUUUUAUUAACUAUUCAGGUAGCAAUUCUACUGAAUUUGUGUGAUGGAUUGGUGGUAUUAUAAUUUAAACACCUUUAAUGUUAUUAGAAAUAUUUUGAGACUUGACCGUACUGUAUUUUCUCAGAUAAUGAGUUUCGAAUAUUGUUUUAAUCUUCUGAUUUAAAUAUCUCUUGGAUUUACAGUUACAACUGUAUGUAAAGCAUUGAAGCAAAGACAAAAAGUCUGAAUCUUAUAUUUCAAAAUUAACAGGUUUGAGGCUGACAGCUUUAGUGACCUCACUUUUGUUAAUCUCAUUUCCAUCUUUGUAUUUUUCAAGAUUUGUCUUUUGGAGAUUUCACAUAAAGAUGGUUACUCGUUGCAUAUUUCAUUCCCAGUUUGAGUGUGUAUUGGGGAGAUACAUUUUAAAGGUGACUGUUAAUUGUUUUGUACAUCUCAUUUUGUAAAAGCAAGUAUAUAAAGACAUCUUGUGAUUUCUUAA